AUGAGUGUUCUUUGCAAGCGUUUGAGAGACCUAGCGAUUUCCAAUAAUUCAGUAUUAUACAUAACAAGUCGACCCAGAUUCUCAAAGUUCCUAGACAACUAUUUGAAAUUCCACUACAACAACUUAGAGAUUAUUCAAAGAUUUAAGCUUCACAUCAAAUACUAUGGAGCUGUUGGUGAGACGGAUAGGAUAAACGGCUGGCUAAGAACUAUUCUCAAUCGGUGCAAGUUUAUCAAGGAGAUGGAUAUCUGCAUCAAACAUAAUUACUGCUUGAACGGCCGUGAUUUGCUUAAUUCGAAAUCCUUAACUGUUUUGAAGCUUGAAUAUGUGAAAUUGAAAGCUCUUUGCCCUGUUUCUCUUCCAUCCUUAAAAGCUGCCUUUUUCACGAAUGUCCAUAUGUAUGAUAAUCAUACGCUUCAAAAUCUACUUCUGGGUUGUCGUUUAAUCGAAGAUUUGAUUCUUGAUCGUUGUUUGGUUCCCAAUAAUAUUGAUAUGGUUUCGGAUUCCAAUCUCAAGUCCUUUGAAAUCCGUAACCAAUUCUUGCUUUUUAAGGAUUUGAAGGAGGGGUUUCUUUUGAGAAAUUCCCAUAUUGAGAAUUUGAGAUUGGACUCUUGUAGAUUAUUACAAAGUUUGAACAUUCAGUGUCAGAUGCUAAAAGUCUUGGUUUUGUGUGGUUGCGGGGAUGAAUACAAGGAUGAGGCCAUUAACAUUGACACUCCAAAUUUGGUUUCCUUCACUAUUGAAGGUUGGAAAACUUUGCCCUCCAACUUUUCGAUAACAGCUCCCAAUCUGUCUGAAGCCAGUAUCAAACUUGUUGAAUCCAAUAACUAUGACAUCAACUGGUUUGUAGGUCUGUUAUAUUUUCUUCGAAAUUUCAAGGACUUUAAGGGUAGAUUAAACCUGGAAGCUCAAGAACGGGAGGCUCUAUUAAUCCCAAGACAGUUGAGAAGUAUAAUUGAUGUCUGUCCUUUGCCAAAUCUAAAGCAUCUAAACAUACGAGCGCCUUGUUGGACAAGUAAUCCAGAGUGGAGGGAAGUACUGCUUUUCUUGUCGUCACCAUCUCUAGAGACUUUAUCAGUAGAUGGAAACUUAGUUUCAUACUUGGAUUUUGCAAUGACUAGCUAG